UGCAUGCAGGCAGAUACCUCAUAGCAUGCAAUUUCACCAGAAGACCUAGCUACUGUACUGUGAGAAGCCUCUCUCCAAUUGUUACCAGAAUACUCCAGUGCCAAUCAUCAGAGCUCUGAUGAUCAGUGUGCCCUGAUGAUCUGUGUAGCUCCAGCAGUGCCACCUGUCAGUGUCCAUCAGUGCCAGCACUCAGUGCUCAUCCAUGCCACCUGCCAAUGCCCAUCAGUGCCACAUCAAUGCCACAUAUCAGUGCCCAUCUGAGCUGCCUUUCAGUGGCACCCACCAGUGCCAUCAGUGCCACCUAUCAGUGCUGCCAGUCAGUGCCGCCUAUCAGUGCCAGUCAGUGCCGCCUAUCAGUGCCAGUCAGUGCCGCCUAUCAGUAGCCAUAUAUCAGUGCUGCCUUUCAGUGCCAGUGCCCAUCAGU